UGUUGCAGGUUACCUUUGUGGUGGCCAUCUUGUUUUCCCAGUAAAGAGGAAGCCUGCCUCAAUUGCAGCUCUUUUAUAGGCCAGUCUGUAUUAAGAAGGUGUGUCUUUAGAGUAUUUAAAGGGAGCAGGAAAUGGAUUGGGAGCCAUUUUGAAAAGUUGCUGUCUGCAUGUAUAUGAUGUUGGCAAGAGAUAAUAAAACAAUUACUUUAAUUAAGAUAGAGUGAAGUCUGAUGUUUCCCUCACCACCCCUCACUGCGUAACAGUUGGUGGCAGCAGUGGGAUUUGGUUACGCCUGUGAAUGAGGGACCGAACACGCUGAAUGAGGGGUGUAGGACGUGGAAGAAACCGUUGGACAAGGAAAAACCCCCUUGCUGACAUGGAAGAAAGAGAAGGUGGACAAACAAUUGAGCCAGAUCCACCACCUGAAGGAGCAAUGGCUAAUGAGGAUGAUUUUGAACCAGUAGUACGACCGAAGCAGACUGCAGUUGGUGUCAGUGACAUUUCUACAGCAGCUGUUUGUCCAAAGCAAGAGGCUGGGAAACUGCCUCCACUAUCAGCUGUGCAGCCACCUCACGGAGCCACUGAGCACCAAGCUGAGCCGCCUUCUCCAUCUCAACCACUGCCUGCACAGUCUCAAAUGCAUGUCGUUCAACCUGCUCCAGUGCAGAGAGCAGAAACACACCGUGGGGGUGAGCCAAGAAUACCUGACUUCAGGGAAGGUGAGGAUCCUGAAAGUUUUUUUGUACGAUUCGAACGCAUAGCUAAAACGUGGGGAUGGCCACAAGUUGAAUGGGCAGCUAGAGUGGUCACCUUAUUGACUGGAAAAGCCCUUGAAGCUUAUGCUGGCAUGGAUGAAGAACAGUCUGACUCUUAUGAGGCCAUUAAAGCUGCUGUGUUAUCCAAGUUUAAUGUAACAGAGGAGACCUACAGAUACCGGUUCCGGAGCACCAGUGUACCCAUGGGAGAGAGUGUGCGUGAAACCUACAAUCGGAUAAAGGGACUCUAUAAGCGAUGGAUGCGUCCUGACAGUCGGAGCAAAGAAGAGAUCGGUGAAACCAUUAUUUUGGAACAGUUUCUUCGCGUGCUGCAGUCAGAUGUCCGCACAUGGGUGAAAGAGAACAACCCAAAGACAGGAGAGGAAGCUGCAGAUCUGGCUGAACGUUACCUAGCUGCUCAUCGUGAACCUUCUAAGUCAAAGAUGACUGUGGGGAGACCAAGGUUUGGGGAGGUAAAACCUCCAGGGGUGACUAGUGUUGAAAGCUUGGACACUAGGGGUGGUAAGAAGCCUAUACAUUGCAGUCAAAGGUACAACCUCAUUUGCUAUUACUGUCAGCAGCCUGGUCAUAAAGCUUCUUUAUGUCCCCUAAGAAAACCAAAGUCAGUAGAGUUGUGUGUAGUUCCCUCCACAGGUCUUGAGGGGGAACUUACUGGUGAUGGUUUAGUGCCACAUAAACAUGUGGUAGAUGUUUCAAUAAAUGGCCGAACAGUAAAGGCUCUUGCUGACACUGGUAGCUCACAAACCUUGGUUAAAUCUUCUAUGUUGAGCAAUGUAUUACCUGACUUUAACAAACCUGUAAAUAUUACUUGUGUUCAUGGGUGUCAAAAAGAUUAUCCAACAGCAGAUGUCACUAUUGAACUUGAGGGCCAAGCAUUUAUGUUAACUGUAGGAGUGUUGGAUCAGUUAGCAUAUGAUGUCAUUUUGGGAGAAGACUUACCAAUCUUAGACAGUUUGGUUCAUAAUAACUCUGAAGCCUAUUCCUGUGCUGUUGUCACUCGUUCAAUGAAAAGGGGUUUAGAACCACUGCCUGAUGUAGAUGAAGACUUAUUUGAAGGAGGGAGUAAACUCAGGAAAACAAAACGACAACGUAGGCAGGAGAAAAAUAAAAACAGUGGUAGGGCAAGCUUUCCAGAACCAACCUUACCAAUGUCUCCACCUAUUGAUCUUCAGUGGGAGUUUCCCAAUAAUUUUAGAGAAAGACAGGAAAAUGAUUCAUCUUUAAAACCUCUCUUUAAGAAAGCAUGCAACGUGGAUGAUGGAAAAGAAAAUGAUGUAGGGCUUAAAAGUGUAACUGGAGAACCUUUCAUAAUAAAGGAUAAACUUCUGUAUCUAGCGGACAUGGAGAAACCCAGACUUGUUGUACCAAAAGAGUACCGAUCAGUAAUCCUGCAUCUGGGCCACACUGUACCAUGGUCAGGACAUUUAGGACAGGCAAAGACUUACAAUCGUGUUGCUCAACGUUUUUACUGGCCAGGAUUGUACAAAGAUGUGGUUGACUACUGCAAAACAUGUCAUGAAUGUCAGAAAGUGGCUCCUACCAAAAUUUCAGACAGAGCCCCGUUGCAAACAUUACCAAUAAUGGAUGUACCUUAUGAGAGAAUAGCGAUGGAUAUCAUAGGUCCUUUACCUAAGAGCAGUAGUGGUCAUAAAUAUGCAUUAGUCAUUUGUGAUUAUGCCACAAGAUAUCCAGAUGUUUAUCCACUGCGAGAUCCUGACAGAUCAGGGUACCAGUUUUAUGUCACAUUUGAUAAAGUCUCUUUAUGA